CCAGCGCACAGAGGCGGCCACCGGUGGGGAAAGGUGUGCAGUGUGCACGCGACAGCCGCGGGGUCUGUGGCCGGGACGGGACCCUGUGAGGCGGCGCGCGGCGACCGCGGCAGUUCAGUCCCGACCGCGAGCGGCGCGGAGAGGUCGGGUGAGAGGACCGGGGGCGGUGUGAGAGGCCCGUGUGAGAGCGGUGAGAAUGGCGCACUGAGAGGAGUGUGGUUGGUAGGAGUGAGUGCAGUUGUGCGUACUGAGGAGAGUUUGGGAGCUGAUAGUGUGUUCAUCUGCGUAUGUGCGUUCUGACGAAUUGGAUUAACCCAGUACCCCAUUGCUACGGAGCGCUUGAUUUGGUUCGACUGCGAUGGGUGUGAAGGUGCUGGAACUGAUCUCCCGGCUCCGAAUACUGGGGGUGAGCCUCACUACUCUGGCGCUGAUCGCUCCGCUGGACAACCCGCAUAAAAUCGUCUACGACAAGCCCAUCAGACAGGAAUAUGACUUUAUCGUCGUGGGCGCCGGCUCAGCCGGUGCGGUGAUGGCCAGUCGUCUCUCGGAGGACCCUCACCACUCAGUUCUUCUCCUGGAGGCCGGAGAGGACGGCACCGUCUUCACAGAGGUUCCCCUGCUCACCGCCCUCGUCUACGGCACAGAGGGAUACGACUGGGGCUUCAGGGCCACGCCCGACCACCGGUCCUGUCAGGGCUUCAAAGGAGGCGUCUGUGUGCUGCCCCGUGGCAAGAUGCUGGGCGGUUCGUCGGCAGUCAACGGUUUAAUGUAUAUCCGAGGCAACCGGCAGGACUAUGACCAGUGGGAGCGGCUGGGUAACCCCGGCUGGGGGUACGAGGACGUGCUGCCCUACUUCCUGAAGGCGGAGGACAAUCAGGAUCCCAGGCUGAGGAACUCACCAUUUCACGCUGUGGGCGGCCCGCUGGCGGUGUCGCCUCCACAGUACAUCUCGGACCUCGGCCGAAUCUGGCUCAAGGCUGGGCUAUCGCUCGGGUACCCGGUCGGAGAUGUCAACGGCGCACUGCAGACCCGGUUCAUGCACCACCAGACCACCUCUAAGAACGGUGAGCGGUGGUCCACGGCGCGUGGCUACCUGCGGGGCGCCUCUCAGCGGCACAACCUCGACAUCCUGGUGCGCGCUCCAGCCACACGGGUCAUCGUCGACCAGGUGACCAGGCGCGCCAAAGGAGUGGUCUUCUUCAAGGGCGGCAAGCGCUACGUGGUGUGGGCGAGGAAGGAGGUGAUCCUGAGCGCCGGCGCCUUCAAGACGCCCCAGCUGUUGAAACUGUCCGGAGUCGGGCCGUGCCACGAGCUGAAGAAGUUUAAGAUUCCCUGCAUUCACGACCUGCCCGGGGUCGGUGAGAACAUGCAGAGUCAUUUCGGAGUGGGAGGUGCCGAAUAUCUCACCAAUAAGGGCCGCGGCCUCACGCUGCUGCAGCUCAUUAACCCUGUCAAUAUCUUCAACUACCUCUUCAAACGAAAGGGUCCAUUGGCAACGAACUUGGGUAUUGAGGGCACGGCCUUCCUGAGCUCGCCGCUGAAUAACGUUAGCUACGGAGUUGACUGGCCGGACGUGCAGCUCCUCUUCUACCCACUUCAGCUGGCCUCAGACGGCGGCAUCAUAUUCAGAGACUUCCUCAGCCUGUCCAACAAGUUGUGGAGCCAAUUCUCGCCCAACAAGUUCCGGUCGGGUUUCCGGAUCGUGCCAAUCAACCUGCGUCCGCGCAGCCGGGGCCGGGUGCUGCUGCGCUCGCGGAACCCGUUCCAGGACCCGGCCAUUCAGCUGCGCCUGUUCGACGACCCCUGGGACGUGGCCGUGCUGCGAGAGGCCGGCCUGAUGGCCGAAAAGGUGGCUCUGUCAGCGCCGUUCCGCCAUGUCGGGGCCCGUCCGAGUCUGGUGCCCAGUAAGUUCUGCGGCGCUCUGGGCGCCCGCAGCGGGCCCUGGUGGGAGUGUCAGGCGCGCGUCUUCUCCGAGACCAUCUACCACGACACGAGCACGUGCGCAAUGGGCCCGGCGUACGACCCCUGGUCGGUGGUAGAUAACCAGCUCAGAGUAUACGGCGUCAGCGGCCUACGAGUGGUGGACGCCUCAGUAAUGCCCCGCAUCAUCUCCGGAAACACCAACGCACCGACCAUCAUGAUCGCGGAGAAGGCGGCCGACCUGGUGCGGGCCCGGUGGCGGGCGAUCGCUCUGGGCCUGGAGCCGGAGCAGUUCGUGGAGCAGCACGUGCUGUACCCGCACCGGCGCAGCGGCCAGCUGUAUGACCCCACCGGGCCUGUUGUGCAGUUUAUUGAUGUGCUGAAGAGGGCGGGAGGAGAUGGAGGGGUAGAGGCAGAGGCAGAGAGCGCAGUGCCCGAGGGAGUGAAGCUGUUCGGAGACUGGAACGGGACGGCGGAGAGCAGCUCUGCUGUGACGGAGGGAGGUCAGCUGGGAGCACCUCAGGGACGCAGCCUGUUCUCAGGAGCUGGUGCUGCUGAGUCGGGAGCUGAGCUGAGCGGCGAGCUGCAGGGAGAGUCGUGUGCCGAGUGGGCCGGAGCGUGGUCCGAUGAGGGCGACGCGCUCGGCUGUGGGUUUCAGCCGACUCAGAAGGCGCGAGUGGAUAUGGUGACGGUGGCGAGGCGGAAACUGACGCGGCUGCUGCACGCCAUGCAGAAAAGUGAAUCACUGUUGUAGUUAGAGCUGCUGCUAGACUAUUGCGAACUACGAGUAAACAUUAUAAGCAUAUUUUAGGUACAUGAAAAUGAUUAUCGAGAUCGCCUUCAUAUGCAUAUAUACAUAUUGCCACGGAUGCGCAUAUUGCGCUGAAUGCGUGUAGCUUAGGCAAAUGGUUCGCUUUAUUUAUGCGUAAAUAGUUUGUGCUAAGUCUUGAACAUGGUUUUGAGCUGUUACCAUGCCAUUUUUGUUAUUUCUUAGGUAUAGUGCGAGUUGCGACAUUUUAUCGCAAUCGACGAUGGUACUGAACUAUGUGUUUUCGUGAUAAACGAUUGUGUUAAAUCAAAUAUUUCAUGUUACAUGUAUCCAAUGUGUUUAUCAAUAAAAAGCGUUAAACAUG